UUUACCACAGACGAUGAUAGUGAAAUUCUAUCGUAGGUUUAAGUAAAACUUGACACUUUUAUAGAUGUUUUACAUAUCUCCCUGAAGAUGCAAUGUAACCCAUUGCGAAAUAUCGGAUUUUAAUAAAGAAAAAAACCAAGACCUAAAGCUCAAAGAAAUAUUUAUUUAUUGAAAUUACAUUGGAAAAGGUCGAUUAAAAAAACAAACUUGAAUUAUACAUAACACGGAGAGCACGCCGGAAAACAACAACAAAAUGAUUUACAAAAAUAUUAAAAGCAAAGGUAACAUCAAACACAGCAUAAACAAACACAAGAACACAAAAGUUAAAGCGGAAAAAAUCAAAUGUUCACUAACAUUUCUGAUAAGAUGUCGCAAUCAUGGUGUCAUACCAAACUUUAUAAAAAAUGCUCUAAAAAACAUUUACAAACUGUUUAAAAAUUCAUACAGAUUGGACAUUCACAAAACUUUAAGAGGACAUAUUGACACAUUUCAAAACAAAAUUCUCAGCCUAAUCAUAAAACAAAAGCACUUAGAACUAAAAAACAACAACAAAGAAAUACUCACAAUAGAAAAACAUUUAAACAACCAUUUAACAGAAGAAGAGAAGAAUUGCAUUACGCUCAAUGAACAAAAUAUAACAUCAAAUAUACAAAACAAAAUCAAGAACACACAGAAAGAGAAAUUUGAUAAACUAAAAAAACAACAAAUGAUAGACCUUAACAUAAAACAUAAUGAAAAAUGGUUCGUCAACAAAACAGAAACCCAAAUUCCACAAGAUGUAAAGUGGCUUCUAUCUCUUGGUGACAAAUUCGGUCUACCAACAAAAAAAUCACAGUUCCCGUUAUUUAAGCUCAUAGCAGACGGGGAUGAUGUUAUUCAAACAUGGAAGGACAAAGAGAAACAAGAAGUUAUGAGAACGAAGUUUACGACAAUGAUUGACUCACACAUCAAUAAGAUGAGAGAAGACGGGAGAGAUAAGUUUAUAAAUAACACAGUGGAACACACUCGAGCUUUUUUGAAUAAAAACAAAAAUAUUUUAAUAUUAAAUGCUGAUAAAGGGAAUGUUACAGUUGCAAUGAAUAAAAAUGACUACAGACAAAGAAUGAAUAAUAUAAUAAAUGACAUUAUGAUAUAUCAACGUAUAAAUAAGGACCCUACAACACAUUUAAUAAAAAGAAAUAAUGAACUGGUAGAUGAACUGUUUAAAAACAAUAUAAUUUCAGUUUUAGAAAAGAAAAGACUGAAAACGGACGUGGCCACAGCUCCUAGAUUAUACGGACUUCCUAAAAUCCACAAGGAAGAUUACCCUUUGCGUCCAAUUUGCUCUUCAGUCAAUUCUCCAUCAAUUAAACUCUGCAGAUAUAUCGUCAACAUUUUGAAAAAUCUUACCAGCAAUUCCAGAUACAAUGUCAAAGACUCUAUAGCUUUUAAGGAUAAACUACAGAAGGUCACCAUCAAAAAAACGGAAAGAAUGGUGUCCUUUGAUGUUGUUUCCCUGUUUCCUAGCAUUCCCGUAGACUUAGGAAUUCGUUUAAUAGAAGAUAGAUGGGACGAAAUAAAAGAAUAUACAAAUAUGACAAAGGGCUUAUUUUUCAAUAUUCUUACUUUCUGCAUCAAGGACAACCGCUAUUUCAAAUUUGACGACAAAGUGUACAAACAAAAGAGAGGACUUCCAAUGGGUUCGCCGGCUUCUCCGAUUGCAGCCGAUUUGGUGAUGGAGAAAUUACUUGACACCUGUUUGGAAAAACUUACAACAAAACCGACGAUUGUGACGAAAUCAACGCUCACCAACACACCGCCCAUUGGAGAUUCACCACACCUCGCACACAAUCAAGGGAAUAAUUUAAAAUUGGGUGUUUAG